GGUUCCUUCUUUUGUUUUCAGAGUCAGCUUAUUUUCCUGUUUCCUUGCGUCAUCAUUCCAAGUAAAAUAAGCAUAACAUGUUUGUCGUGGUCGGAAGGUUCAUGUUUCCUUUUUAGCACAUGUUUUAACCACCAGUUUCCUUGCGUCAUCAUUCCAUGUUAAAUAUGCAUGACAUGAUUGUCGAGGUCCGUCGGAAGUUAUCUUUUUCCUGCAUUCAUUUUAAAACCCUCUCCUUAAGCGUAGAAGCAAUAAGUUUACGGUUAAAAUCUCAGGAAAUUGGAAAAAGCUCGAAUUAAGUCGUAUAAGCAGCUGACACAGGAAGUAGGUUUGUGCAGGCUGUCUAUUGUUAGUAAUUGCGUCAAUUAGACAAAAAUGUAUUGAAUAAUUCUAUCAAAAAAAAUGUCCAUUGUUUCUUCAUAUGCAAUGCACAAUAUCUUUAUUUUAAUUCAUAAUAAAUGGUGGGAAUCUAUUAUUAUUAAAUUUGUAGCAUGGCAGUACCAAAAUCUAAUUUUACACGCCACCGGAAGUCUCAACCUUUUUUAAGAUGUAUUGUUAAAAUCUACAUAACUGACUCUGUAUAAGUAUUAAAUAUCCAAAUCGCUGUAUCGACAGUUUACAGUUAUUUUGAUAUGCUCGAAGCAAAUAUAACGGUGGUCAUUGUUCCCAAGAAGUGAAGAGGCAAGACAAGGCAAGAAAAAUGAAUCCAGGCGGCAUAACUCAUCUCUUGCUUAUGGGAUUUGGUUCAAUGCUUCUUUGUUUAAAUUCUACUCAAGCAAGUUGUGUUUCUAUGAAUAUGCAGUCUUCUUAUUCUCCAUCACUAACUAUCAAAACCUCCGAACUACCAGAUGAAGGGGUAUUACCGACAGGCUACGAUCACACAAUUAUUUGCAUCAGUAAUAUUUCGAAAGAAUAUUAUGGAAACCCAUACUAUGGUCAACCAUAUUGGAUACAGAUUUUCUUCAAUGAUGCCUACGUAAGAAGUUGUGGUGGUCGAAGCAGAGACAGCGAGGACUCAAAAAUAUGUACGUACCCUAUUGUGAAUUCCACAAAGGGUAAUUCAGGAAACUAAACCUGUGUGACACGCAACCAGCUUUCGUGUACUAUUGGGACAUUAUCCCUCAAGUUCGAAGAACCGACACCUUUAACCCUCACUUCAAACUCACCUCAGGAUGUCAACGUUUCCUUUGGAAGUACAGCCAACCUUACAUGCGAGGCAAGAGGAUUUCCUAAACCUGCCAUCACUUGGUAUAAAGAUGGUAGGCCCAUCAUCGGUGGGAACAUCCGGAACUUACAGGGAAUUUCACAGCUAACCUUGGAAUCUGUUACAACACAUGACAGAGGUGUCUACUGGUGUGAGGCAAAAAACUCAGAAGGAUGGAAAAGAUCCCUAAAUACGACUAUUAAGGUUUUCUCAAUGCCAAACAUUUUGGUUCAUCCAAACAAUGUAUCCAUAUACCUGGAGGAAACAACUGUGAAGGCGAUCUUCUUCUGCAAGGCUAGUGGCAUCCCUCUUCCUUCUAUAAGUUGGCUAAAGAACAACUCUACCUUGAUUGGUGGCAUGGUGACCCAGAAUGGCAGCAGCUCAUCUCUUCUGAUUCAAAGAGUGGCAAAAGAAGAAAAAUUCGCAAGAUUUAAAUGCAUAGCCAAAAAUCCAUUCGGAGAAGUGUCAUCCCAAGAGGGAGUGCUGGUAGUCCGAGAACAGGCUCAAGAUUCAGGCAUUGGACAGCGCCCUUUUUACCUUCAACCUAAAAGCGUCAAGGCUAUUGCAGGAGACAGCGUUGUGUUCGUGUGUGCCAUGGAGGGUAGUCCUGUCCCAAACAUUAUGUGGUUGAAAGAUGGUACUACAAAUGUGGACGGUAGCAUUGAUUACUACCCGGGAGAGCAAAGUGCCACAUCUGUGCUUAGGAUCUACCCCGUGAGUGAAAGACACGUUGGUCGUUAUUCAUGCGAAGCGGUGACUACAAUCUCGUGGGAAGCGGUGCUCACCAUAACAGGGAAAGAAUCCUCUCGUUCUUCGUUGUGUAUAUCCAAUGCUGUGUGGAUCCCUGUUGUUACAGGAGCAGUUCUACUACUUUUUAUGGUCAUUUCAAUAUUUUUUAUUCACCACAGAAAUAAAAAUGCCAAAUUCAGCAUCGAGAAAAAGAUGAGGGAAAACAACCAAUUUUCACAUCUUCACACUGGAGACGAUAUGAUAAGUCAGCAAAGAGGAGACAUUACAGCCCCACGAUAUCAGAUGACGAACUUGGCAUUUACAACUUCUACGAAAUUUUAAACUUUGCACCCUCAGAUACAGUAAACACUCGAAAAUAAGAACCUAGUGGAUUAAGAAACCUCUUGGCAGAAAUUUGCCAUUUUAAUACCCCUUUAAAUAAGAACCUGUUUAGCCAAACAUGAUCAAGCAGGUUCUUAUAAUAUUGGUUACAGCUAAAUUACAGGAUAAACAAACCACAAGUUACUGACACAAUUUAUUGGUGUGUGCGAAAGAAAUAGAAGAUAAUUUACACAAAAUGCCCAAUAUAAUACAGUAGUGCAAACACUAUAUAUGCUCUAUAUCUAGUUCUAUAGAAAUAGCACCAUUUAGUGUUAUCUACUUGUUACAGUAGUUGAAAGCUACAGUUAUACAGUAUUAUAUAUAAUUUUAGCCCGUAUAAAGCUUAUUUGUUAUUUUUAUGAUAUAUAUGCAAAACAAUGACAACUGUAUCCCCCUCUUAGCAAUUAACAACCUAAUUAAGAACCUGUUUUGCCAAAAUUACCAACAACUACCCCUUUAAACAAGAAGCUUUUUUGCCAGACUGCCAAAAAAUAAGGUUCUUAUUUCCGGGUGUUUACUGUAGUUGGUACAAAAGUGGAAUUGACGUACCUCGAUUCGUCUCCACUAUGCCUUGAUAUUAUCAAAUUUGUUUAGUAGAUACAUCUCUCGGACAAUCCUUAUCACUAGUAGAAAGCAUUGAAGCAGUUCAGAAUCAUCGAAAAGUGGAAUGUCCUUCGAAAAAGGUAGAUUAGUGAGAUAUCAUUUAUCAUAAGAAAAUUUACCGUCACGACACAGAGGCCAAGGAAAACGUCGCUUGGAAAAUGAUUUUGUCUAAGGUAUUAAACGAGAUGCUCGUCUUUAAAGACGACAAAUCUUUCAUUCAGCACUAACAUGGGGAUGUAGCGUAGAUUUUCAAGGAGACGUCAGUAAUUUGUUGCGGGCAUUUCUUUUUUAGACUGCUCAAACCACAGGCGAUUCUAGGUUUUCUAUUUCGCAAUGAUAGGGCUGAAACUGUUUAAACUGCACGUACUGAGCUACUCUUCAGUUCAUCAAGUCUUUUGUUUCGCUUCCUUCUCCUCAGUUGAAGUCUCUGUUGUAGUUUUCUUCAUGUCCCCAAUUUUUCUUCUUGCACAAACAUUUAUACAUACACAUUAUUGAAACCGAGCAAAUGGCUUCGCCAUCCUAUUAGUUGUUCGCCCUAUAAUAUUACAGCUUUUUUAUGGCUCGUUCGUUUAGUUAUAUUUUUUUUCCUUUUAUCCAUGUUCUUUCCGCGUGUUUUGCUUGUUAUUCCUCAAUUCUAGUUAGAUUCUUCAAUUUCCAUACCUGUAAGCUUAUGGUAAAUAAAAUCGCUUAAAGAAGAGAGCUA